AUGGCAAGCUCUAGCGACAGAAUGCAAAGUUGGUGGCGGAACAUGAAAGGCAGCAGACGGGAACGGCCUGAACGGGCAAAUGCCUCACCUGCAGCCUCCUCCGCCAAGGGCAACAACUACAUCCAGCAUAAGCAUUCCAAAGACGGCUUGGCCUCUCGUGUCGAGCACCAAGAGUCCCCCGCGAAGCAGUCGCUUUGGGACCGCGCAUACGACGCCCUCAGAAAGACGAAGACACAGUUGGUGGAGGACUACGAGAAACUGCUCGCAGAGGAGGAGCAGACGGCUAAUUUUACUUUAAAUAACGGGGCUCCCGCACAACCUAAGCCUCUACAUGAUGUGACUUUCGGCCCCGACAGUCAGUCUCGCCAAGCACAACUAAACACGGUGAUCGAGCAGGGUUUACGACGAGUUGAGGAGAGGAAAGCCAAAUACACGAUAGCUGGCCAUGAGUUUGUCCUGAGGGAUCAGGUUGCGCAGGCCGCGAAGUGGCUGCUGUGGGCGAAAGACUGGGUCGGCAAUGCCGUCCAGGCUUCACCGCAAGCUUCCAUCGCGUGGGCCGGCGUUUGCCUUAUCCUCCCGCUUCUCACAAACCCCACGACUGCGGCUGAAGCUAGACGCGACGGAUUUACUGAUGUCACCGCCCGUAUGCGGUACUACGUCGCGUUGGAGCCUCUGUUACGGCGGCUUGGCCAGAAUUCUUUGGUCGCCGAGACGGUGAUGUCGGAAACCAACGGCCAUCUCAUCGACCUUUAUCAACUUAUUCUCGAGUUCCAGCUCUGCAGCGUCUUGCGGUUUUAUCAAAGCCACGCCAAGUCCUAUGUUCAUGACAUGUUUUCAUCGAAAGACUGGAAGCAGAUGACACUCGACAUCAAGGCGCGAGAGGAGGCCGUCAACAAUGAUCUGAGCCAGAUCAACGAGUUGGAAACGAGGCAAGAGCUUGAACUUUUGAACAAGACGAGUGCAGAUGCACUCAAAGCCAUGGAGGGUUUCCUAUCGGUCUCGAUGCAGCAGUUGGCCGUUUUACAAGAACAACUAGCAAUACAACAAGACACCGCGCGUCAACAACUGUCCAACGAGCAGAUGACGUGUUUGCAGCUGUUUUGUCUCACCAAAAACGAUAACGGCGCCACGUACGACUGGUACAAGGACCGCGUUGAAAACCGUGUAAAAGGCACGUGUCAGUGGUUCCUCCAACACGCCCACUUCCAGAGGUGGCUGACGCAGGAGUCAGGUCCACUCCUGGUCUCAACGGACCCUGGGUGUCAGCAGAUACCUCAGACACUGGUUCCUGCCUUAGGCUACUAG